AUGUCGUAUGAAUUCGAAUCUACAUCUCCAAACACGAGCUUUGGUGACGAGUCAUCGUUCCAAUCACCCGCAUCAAACAUUGGCGGUGAGGCUGAGAUGAAGUUGGCGCUUCAACAGCUUCAGACCCAAGCUGAGUUCCAAAACCAAGUUUCUCUUCUGACUAGUCGCUGUUGGCACCUUUGCUAUACCGGUGCUCCUGGGGCCAAACUUGACGAUAAGCGAGCAAACUGUCUCAAAAACUGUGCAGAGCGCUACAUCGACGUUUCAGUGUUUCUCCGCAACCGGCUUCAACAAUUGAUUGCACGGUCCCAACAACAGUAG